AUGAUUCGAUUAGAUGAAGAUUUUCAUCAACUAAUGGAGCUAUUUGAGUAAAAAGAAUUCCAAGAAAAUUAUUAUAUUCCAACUUCAUUCCAUUAAUAUAACUAUCUCAUUGAAAAACUUAAAAAACAUAGUUUCAAACUUAUAGAUUUGAUUGAAUAAUGCUAAUAUUCAUCCUUUUAAUUAAAUUCAACAAUUUUGAGCCAUUUAGUUUUCUUUUUCUUUAUUCCUGAAGAAUUAUAAAUAAAUAGUAGAGAGAAGAUGGAAUUAUAUCAAUUAUUAGGGGAAAUCACAUGCGAAUGUUGGCUGUAAUUUGAAUACCAUAUUUAACAAUUAAAAUUCACACAAUAAGACUAAAAUAAAUUAAAAAUUCUUUCAGAAAUUCCAUAAUUAUUCCAGAUAGAUUUGUAGACUUUAAAAAAUUCAAUUUAUCAAAUAUUGUAAAUGUAAUGA